AUGGAAGGGCCGGAUCGGAUUGGUCCCGAUCAUAGUCCGAAGCGGACGCUCCGUGACCGAGCCCGACGAGUGGUGAAAACUUGGACCACCAAAGAAGGAUUGGUUGGAGAUUAUAACUAUGCCUACUUGUUCACACCGAGAAUCCCCUUCACCAAGCACGUACGAAAGACCGCACCGUUCUUCGGACUGCAUGACCGUUUGCCGGUGUUGCUGGCCUUCAUCUUGGGUCUCCAACAUGCCCUAGCAAUGUUGGCUGGAGUUAUCUCUCCGCCUAUCAUCUUGGGUGGAUCUAGCGGUGCAAACUUUGGAGACGAGGAGUAUCAGUACCUGGUGUCGACGUCUCUGAUCGUUUCUGGCCUGCUUUCCGCUGUGCAGAUGACUCGCUUUCGCCUCUGGAAAACUCGAUUCUUCAUCGGUACCGGCUUGAUCUCCGUCGUUGGCACUUCCUUCUCCACCAUCACCGUCGCCUCGGGCACCUUCAGCCAGAUGUACGCCUCCGGAUACUGCCCCGUGGAUGGCGAAGGAAAUCGUCUCCCCUGCCCGAAAGGCUACGGAGCCAUCCUCGGUACUGCAUGCUUGUGCUCGCUGCUUGAGAUCGGCCUAUCCUUUAUGAGCCCUAGGAUCUUGAAACGCAUCUUCCCGCCUCUAGUGACUGGUCCCACGGUUCUGCUGAUCGGAGCAAGUCUGAUCUCAAGUGGUAUGAAGGACUGGGCUGGCGGUUCCGGCAGCUGUGGGUUUGAUCCAUCCGCCCGUGCUCUUUGCCCCAGUGCCAAUGCACCCCAUGCGCUGCCUUGGGGAAGUGCCGAGUUCAUCGGUCUCGGCUUCUUGGUGUUUGUGACCAUCAUCCUCUGCGAGCGAUUCGGUUCCCCCAUCAUGAAAUCCUGCGCCGUGGUGAUCGGUCUGCUGGUGGGAUGCAUCGUGGCCGCGGCCUGUGGUUACUUCGACCGAUCCGGCAUCGACGCGGCCCCGGUCGCCUCGUUCAUCUGGCUGAAGACAUUCCCGCUGACGAUCUACGCGCCGCUGAUCCUACCGUUCCUGGCACUGUACAUCGUGAUCAUGAUGGAAUCGAUCGGAGACAUCACCGCCACCUGCGACGUCUCCCAGCUUGAGGUCGAGGGCGCCGAGUUUGAUUCGCGCAUCCAGGGUGGUGUCCUGGGCAACGGCCUGACGUGUCUGUUCGCCGGCCUGUGCACCAUCACGCCCAUGUCGGUCUUCGCCCAGAACAACGGCGUCAUCGCGCUGACCAAGUGCGCCAACCGCAAGGCUGGCUACUGCUGCUGCUUCUUCCUCGUGGUCAUGGGCGUCUUCGCCAAGUUCGCGGCCGCCAUCGUGGCCAUCCCCAAGCCGGUGCUCGGCGGCAUGACCACCUUUCUGUUCUCGUCCGUGGCCAUCUCCGGCAUCCGCAUCAUCUCCACGAUCCCCUUCACGCGCCGCAACCGGUUCAUCCUGACGGCCGCGUUCGCCGUCGGCAUGGCCGCCACUCUGGUUCCGGACUGGUUCUCCUACUUCUUCACCUACAGCGGUGACAACCAUGCGCUACAGGGGUUGCUGAACGCGGUGGAUCUCGUCAUGGAGAACGGCUUCGCCAUCACCGCGGUCAUUGGACUGAUCCUCAACCUCAUCCUUCCCGAGGACCCGGAGGACGAGGCUGCCGUUGUGGAGGCCACCGAAACCCAGACUCCCACUGAAGCGAUCAAGGGUGCUUCGGAGCCUUUCCCAUAUAAAGCGGAGCAGCUGCCUGGUCCUUCAAGAGUAUGA